UUGGCGUGUUUCCAUUGAACGUUGUUGUUGUCACGUGUUUUCGAUGUAUCGACGUCAUAGUGUUCUUAGAUUCAUCCAGAAAUCGAUAAGCAAAUUCAGGUGCGCUGCACUGUUUGAAUAGAGCUUGCUGGUUCGGAUUGUGCAAUUUUCACCUGAAAAUGAUAUUUACCAUCCUCAACGCAGACUGUAAAACCUUACUUCUGUGAUUUUGCGUGCACCGGAAUAUUUCUGUUAAUCUUCCGGUCAAAGGGUUUUUCACCAGAACGUGCCUUUAACCGGAGCUAUGAAUAUUUCGUGCAAUAAUUGUGACCAAAAUACCAUUAAGCAAAAAACAGAAGCUUCCCGAUGAAUACUGGGCCAACAGUGGUUGCAAAACUUUCGUGCGUGUCAGGUGACGCUUUAAACUCACCUUUUGUGUCCCUAAUUGAAUUGAAUUGACCCGGUUAAUUACAAUAGUGGUGGUGGUAGUGGCUGUGGAGCUUGUUCGCUCGUUGCUUGUGCGGUAGUGAUUUUGGUGGACCACAGACCCGUCGGCCGGUGUUCACUACCCCAGUUUUACCCUACCCCUGUCUGGCCUCUGGCAUAUAUGGUAAUGGCAGAGAUCGGUGGCCAUUUGGCACACCAAUUACCCCUACACAAUCACAAUCAACAUCAGAGUGGAUUAGUGCAACCGUCGUUGGUUAUGAACCAUCACCUGGACGUGGAUUGUCAUGGUCACGAGAUUCAUCCUAAAAAGCAACGACUGUCUUUAUGUGUUGGAUGUGGUGGACAAAUUCACGAUCAAUAUAUAUUUCACGUAUCACCUGAUCUAGAAUGGCAUGGAGCCUGCCUAAAAUGUCAAGAAUGUCGACAGUUUUUAGAUGAAAAGUGUACAUGUUUUGUUAGAGAUGGAAAAACUUAUUGUAAGCGUGAUUAUGUUAGGUUAUUUGGUGCGAAAUGUAAUCAGUGUGGAAGUUUAUUUAAAAAAGAUGAUUAUGUAAUGCGAGCAAAAACGAAAAUUUUCCACGUGGAAUGUUUUCGAUGUUCAGCAUGUGCUAGGCGCUUAUUACCAGGUGAUGAAUUUGCUCUUAGAGAUGGCGGCUCAUUAUAUUGUAAGAUGGAUCAUGACGUUCUCGAAAAAACACAAAAUAGUUUAACAUCGUCGUUAGAAAAUAAUAACAAUAAUAAUACAAAUUUAAGUAAUAACAACCAUUCCAGUGAAUUGGGCUCAAUGUCGGAUUCGGGUAGUGAAUCCGGUUCUCAUAAAAGUUUACGUGAUAAGCGGCCUUCAGGACCAUCUGGAGAUGGAAAACCCACGAGAGUGCGGACGGUUCUUAAUGAAAAACAACUCCAUACGUUGAGAACAUGUUAUAAUGCCAAUCCGCGACCUGACGCUCUUAUGAAAGAACAACUUGUAGAAAUGACUGGUCUCUCGCCCCGUGUAAUACGAGUAUGGUUUCAAAAUAAGCGUUGUAAAGAUAAAAAGAAAACAAUACAAAUGAAACUUCAAAUGCAACAAGAAAAGGAAGGCCGAAAACUUGGCUAUGGUGCUAUGCAGGGAAUACCGAUGGUAGCGAGUUCGCCUGUUCGUCAUGAUUCUCCGCUUAAUUUACAAGGAUUGGAGGUGACAACAUAUCAACCCCCGUGGAAAGCAUUGUCUGAUUUUGCAUUACAUGCGGAUUUAGAUAAUGGAUCUGUAAAUACACAUACUCCGGCGUUUCAACAGCUUGUAAACCAGAUGCAUGGCUAUGACAUCGGAGGUAUGCCACCUGUGCCUCAAGGACCACCGCCUCAAAUGAAUGGACCCCCUAUGGAUGUUGGAUCUCAUCAUCAUCCGGACAGUACGGAUUCAUACGUUACCUACUUAGAGAGUGAUGAUAGCAUGCAAGCCUUGCAGAUAAAGUACGAAAUUCUUACUUAAACUGGAAAACAUAAUGGGAUACUUUGAUAUCAGAUAACUGGAGCUAACACCACAAACAAGGAGAUCAAAAUUUAUUUCGGGUAAAGCAUUAUAAACAUAUGUUUUUUAAUAAUUGAAAAUUUCAAAUCUUCAUUCGUGUUGGUAAGCAAAUUUCUAGGCAAUAGAUUCGAUAUUUUGGUUUUGAGGUUUUCCAAUGUUUUAAAUUUACUGUUUCUGCUGAGAAUAAUUUUAAAACUGUCCUUGAAAAUAACUUCCCGAACUUUUUGUUCUACAAUUAUAUUAACUGUAGAAUUAAAUAUUCGAAUUUCAUGAAUGAAUUUUAGAGUAGGAACUGAGUUUCCUGUGAGUUCUUUGAAAUGUCCCUUUGCAAUACCAUAGAAGAAAAUACACUUGUAAAUAGAAAUCUGAAUGUGACAACAAAGUAUUAGUAAAAGAAAAAAACUUUGAAUAUGAAGGCCAAACAUCCAUAUUUAAGGGGAAUUCAAAUAAUUUUUCAAGAUUUUGUAAAUAAACACUUUUUGGUCGGAUAGAUCACAUCACCAAUCUGAAAACAACGGAAUGUUGCAAAUGCAAAACAAUAUAACGAAGAAAGGUAGAUGUACAAUAAAAAUCUCGUAGAAAUUUAAUAUUUGAGAAUUACUUACAUAGUUUAUAAGUGUGGUGAGCAUUUCAAGGAAGAAAUAUUACGAAAGAAGAGAACAACGCAGUAUAAUGUAAAAAUGACAAAAAUGUAUGAUUAUGUUUAAUAUACAACUAAAUUAUAUUUAUAAAUAUUUAAAAACAAAAGAAACCGUAGCAUCUAUAGUUAAGAAGAAAAAAACAGCAAUUAUGUUAAAAUUGUGUAAAAUAUUAUUAUAGAAAUUUCAAUGUAUUAUAAAUUGUAAAUUCGAUAAGAUGAUCAAAAGUAUAGAAAAAAUGAAAACAGAAAAAACCGAAAAAAUAAAUGCAA